GUCUUCGGUUUGACCGCCCAUCAGCUUGAUUUAUGCUUCCUUUCCCCAAAAUUCACGCCCUCUCUUAGCAUUUGCACCCUUCACCAAAUAUGGAAGAGUUGACCCCCAUCGCCUCACUGCAAUCACUGGUCUUGGACCUUCCGCCUAGCUGUGCCGAGUUCUGCCCCGCGCAUCCUGAGUAUUUGGUGGUGGGAACAUACAACUUGCAAAAGGACGACACCGAACCAGCAUCGGCACAAGAGGAGGGUGAUCAUGAUGAUUCAGCAGCUCCCAAACCUCAGAAUAGAAACGGUAGCCUCAUCGUUCUCAAGGUGGAAGGCAACGACGUGUAAGGCUGCACCUCUGACGUCUAAGAGGCUGGUCAGGCUGCUGGACUACUGACUGCUGAUGAGGAAAACAGAUCAAUAGUGCAGACCGUAAUGCAACCAUCUGCUCUGCUGGACCUCCGCUUCUACCAGGAUGUGCCAGAGUAUCAGAACAUCUUGGCAGUGGUGUCCAGCACUGGAACCCUUGCCAUGUUCAAAUUCGACCCGCUCAGAGACGCCAGCGCGCCAUUGCAGCACUUGACUACGAGCAGAUGUGAGGAUCUCGACGACGAUGUCCUCUUUCUGCAGUGCAACUGGCAUCCGAUUGCACGUAGGGUGAUUGGAGUCACCACCUCUACCGGAUUGGCAAGGCUAUUACAACUAGACGAUGAGUGGAAGAUAGCAAAAUCUGCCGACGUGGACAUUCAGAACUCUCUUGAGGCUUGGUGCAUAGCUUUCUCACCUACAAGCGCUUCAUCACAUGCAACGAACCAACCUAUCUCGGCCUACUGUGGGGGGGAUGACUCCAUGCUUCGAUAUACGACCUGUCACUGGCAAGAGGAAGGGGAUCAAGAUGACCCAUCGUCAACCCUAGACACGCCGUUCGGCUCCAUAACAGUGAAGGGGCAGCACGAUGCAGGAGUAACUGCAAUUCUGCCCCUGUCGCUAUCAACUCAGGAUCAGGGUAGAAUAGUCGUCACUGGAAGCUACGAUGACCAUUUGCGAGUCUUUGCCAUUCAUGAUCUUCAUCAUUCGUAUGGCCUAAAGCGCGUGCAACUGCUAGCGGACGCGAACCUUGGAGGCGGGGUGUGGAGGUUGAAGCUGGUGGAUAUCCGGACGGCGGGAGGCUCGACGAGGAUACGAAUCCUGGCAUCUUGCAUGUAUGCCGGAGCAAGGCUCGUUGAGAUCGUGGCAGACGCCAAUGGACAGGGUUGGCCUUGUGAGAUCUUGGCCCGAUUCGAAGAGCAUAAAAGCAUGAAUUAUGCUUCAGAUGUUGUGCCAUCGCCAGCAGAGGACGGGAAGAUGCGCGUUGUCUCGACCAGCUUUUAUGAUAAGCUGCUCUGUCUGUGGGAGUAUGAGCCGCGGCAGUAAUACUAAUGAAUUGCCUGUGAUGUCAAGCCCGCUGUGACAAAAAUACAUACCUAUUGUUUUGAGAAUGGAGGAUGGAGCCGGCC